AAACGGCGCGGACGCUUGUGAUUGGAAUAGAUUAUGCUGUGUUUGCACCCUUCAGUGGUAUGUCGCAAUAAUAUAAUGUGAUUGCCCAUAUUUCUACAACCUCAGAUCGACGACCAACACAUAACCUGACACACAGACUUCGCAACCAUGGGUAAACUGAAGCUAUUUUCAAUAAGUUUAAACAAUCCCCAAGCAGUGUAUUACCCGGGCCAGUUCCUUGAGGGACAUGUCACGGUGGAACUGAACGAGGAAAUGAAAAUGAGAGGGAUAAGGCUUCAAUUCUACGGUGGCGCUAUUGUGAGAUGGUCGGAGACUCAUACGUCGGGCAAACGCACGACUGUUAGGCAUUACUCAGCCCACGAGACCUACUUCAAUUCUGAACUGGUUUUAUUUGGAAAAGCGUCGGGGCAAGGGGGAGACAACCCUACUCUGCAUGCAGGAAGUUAUACAUACCCCUUCCGAUACCAGUUGCGAGAUGGAAUACCUUCCUCGUUUGAAGGUUCGUUCGGGAGGAUAAGAUACUAUCUCAAUGCUACCAUUGACAAACCUUGGAAGUUCGACCACACAACGAAAAGAGCUUUUACUGUCGUCAAUCUACUCGACCUCAACUCAGACCCUGGAGCUGCGGUUGGUUCACGGGGAGAAAAUGAAAAGACCCUGUGUUGCUUGUGCUGCAAAUCUGGGCCAAUCAGCUGCAAGUUUCAAAUUGACCGAUGUGGCUACGUUCCUGGGGAAUCUAUUCCUAUCAAAGCUGAGGUCAUCAACCACAGUAACAGGAGGAUGAAGAGAUCAUACGCCGAGUUAUUCAUGGUAAUCAUCUUUCACUCAACAAGAAAGUCACGCACAGACUAUCGAAAAAUAGGGGAAAUAUCCCACGGAGAAAUUCUUCCUGGAGACUCGGAUACAUGGAAUGGAGACCUUCUACCGAUACCACCAUUGCCGCCAUCCAAACUACAUGGAUGCAGAAUCAUUGUAAUUGAUUACUAUGUGAAGUUCUGCGUAACUCCUGCUGGACCCGCAUUCCAGUUAGAAAUACCGAUCAAACUGAUCAUCGGAUCCAUUCCACUCAGGUCCACAGUCCAGCAGUACGGAUUUCCUCCUCCGCUGCAGGGUCCUAGUCAUUCCCAGCUCUACCAGGGAGGGACACAGGCUUCUGCUCCACCUGAAGCUUCAAUGCCACCACCGACCUAUGCCGAUAGUGCGUUUGGAACAGUGAACAUAAAGGAUGAGGAUGACUCUGAGUAUACCAAAGGGGACAUGAACUACACUCCAGUGUACGCUUACUACAACUGGGGAACAACAGCCCAGCCUUCAGCUCCUACGCAGUAAAUACACCUUCAUCGCUGGAAUCUGUAACAACAGGCAACAUCCAAGAUUCCAGCUCAACCAAUUUAUUAUGCACCGUCAUCAAUACCAAAUGCAAGAUCUAGCAUCCUAAUGAGAAACUAGUGAUUAGGUAAUGUUGAUACAAAUUCACAUGUGCAAUCCUUGUCCCUGCAUUAGAUCUGUUUGGCUGUUCGUUAACGCCACGCACAGCAAUAUCUCACCUGGUUGACGGCCACCUAUGAAUGAUCCAAUCUGAAAAAGACAAUUAAGUUAUUGGCAACAUGAACAUCGAUCUAUACUAUCAAGUAUGAAAAUAGAUAUAAGUUUGAUAAACGAAAACAAAAACAAACUUGAAUUGCAUUUGGAAGUGAUGCUAGCCAUGAAACUUGAUCAGGGAUCAUAUCUUGGAACUUAAUUUAAUUAUCUGUGCCACUAUAUAUCAAACCGGCUUUCAUGUAUAUCAUCGUAUCCAAUCAAUGCUAAUUACCCCUUGCCCUCCUUUUGUUCAUUGCCAGUCAGCGCUCAUUACCCAUUAGGCGACAAUUCUGCCUGGAAUUGCUCCUGUACUGCCAGGUGGUUGGGUAGCCUGGUGGUUAAAGCGGUCGUUCGUCACGCCAUAUUGCUGGAAUAUUGCUGAAAACGGUGUAAAAAUCAAACUCACCCCAUACCAAAAAAUUCUUUUAGUUUCUGAGUGCGGCGGUUUGGGACAUAUUCUUGUACCUUGUCCGCUAGACACCAAACUCACAUAAUACUAAAAUUAAGUUGUUUUCCAUAGAUUUGUCAGUAUUGACUUCCAAACUAAAAUGCUAUGCAAAGACAGAUUUACUCAUGGCUUCCAUUUGACCAUUGUUAAGUACCAAUCAGCACCAAUUAUCUAUUGUCUUCUCCUGAUAAGUGUCCACCUUCGUAAUCUAAUCACGUUUGCUGUUCUCGGAUGUCCCUAUCUACUUACUGUACUUCCUACAUUUCAUUAACCUGAAAUUUGGAGUAAGAAAAUACUCCGGAAUAUCCUGUUCCUCAUGAUACAGAAGUAGACAUGCAUACAUUACGUCCCCAUUACAAUAUAAGUUGUAGUAUUAUCAUUCGGGAUAUACGGGGUUUCGGUGGAUAAACCCAAGCACGGGACGCAUACAGCUCCGUAUAACCCGAAUCAUAAUGCUACAACGAAUUUAUCUUACCGAAUAUUUAAAUCUCACAUUAUGUAAAUAUAACAUUAAAACAAACUGAAAUUCAAUCAUAUAUUUUACUAACAUGGUACCGACUUGUCGAUCUGAACUACUGGUUCCCGGUUCAAUGACUGCCGUGGAUGCAUGCUUUUUCCAUGGGGUGCGGUAUUAAUGAUUUAUUCCCAACUUGGACGUUGUACAGCUGUCCACCGGGCAUACAUGGUAAUUUAUUCAAAGUCACGUGAACCAAUCAGGGAUGGACAUUCUUGCAUGAACUAUAGCGUGAUAUACUGUGGAUGGUUACAGGGGUAACCAUCGAUUUUCGAAAUAUAAAAGGACCUAUUAACGUUUAGACUGCAAACAACUCAUUUCAGAAUAAACAUUAAUAACAUGGACCUUGCCAACAAUAAACAUUAAUAACAUGGAACUUGCCAACAAUAAACAUUAAUAACAUUGAACUUGCCAACAAUUACUUAACGACUGGUGGAUAACAUAAUAACAUUGUACCGAUUCUACACGGUUUGGUUUGGUAGGUUUUUGUAAAGCCGCUCUCAUCAUAAUCGAGUCUGGACCAGAGAAUCCAGUGAUAAACAUCAUGAGCAUUGAUCUACGCAAUUGGGAUACAUAUAUAAGUGGACGUAUUCACUCUUGAAUCGUGGUGAACAUAUCACUGAACAACAGGUUAAAAUGUCAAACUUGCAAAUAUUGACUUUUAACAGCGUUACCAUCAGUCCAUAAAAGUCGUGUCUUUUGCGUGUCUUUUAAUGUGUAUCCAAACACAUGCUCGUUAUUGCAUGCCAAAUCACUUCAUCACUACCUCAUACGUUCACAUGUAUGUAACAUUUUAGCAUUCUUUCUACAGGGUGUAUACUGUGUACAUGUCUCAUAAAACUGCAAAACAAAUGAUUUUAGAAAUUAUUAUAAAUACCCGACCAUUAAUAAAUAUUAUAUGUUUUCACU